AUGAAUACCGGCCUAUGGCCGAGAGGGGAGAAGCCUGAAAGUGAGGGGAAAAUUGAUCGGCAGCCAUCUUGGUUGCUACACCAGAGUCACGCCAAAAAUCGCCUAAAGUUCUUGCUUUUUUGUUCUACGCGGUGUGUACAUUAUUGGUAAAAAUAACGCACAAUUAACUACGAAUAAAGUGUUGUCCAUCGGUUUCGUCAAUUGGUACGUCGGCGUCGUCGGCGCGUUUUCUAGUGCGCCUCAGUGUAUCCGAGCGUACGUAAGCUUUGGUAAACUGCGGUCCUUUGAGGUUAUAUUGUUACGAAGUACGAAGCGCUAUUAUAAUUAAUCAUUACUUAACAAAUAAUACGGCAAGAUGUCUGAGGACGAAGUGGAGAGCUUCGAGAUCACUGAUUAUGAUUUGGACAAUGAAUUCAACACGGCCCGUCCUCGACGCAAACUCUCGAAGAAACAACAAAUGCUAGGAAUAUGGGCAGAUGACAGCGAUGAGGAUGAACUAUCUGCCAGACCAUCUUUCAAGACCUUCAAUAAGGGUCCUAAGAAUUAUACGGCACCGGUUAAUUUUGUCGCUGGUGGUAUCCAACAGGCAGGAAAACCGAAGGAGAAGGAAGAUGAGGAUGAUGAAGAAGACAAGGAAGAAAGGGAGGCAAAGCACAGUAGUUCGAGUUCAGAAGAUGAGAGGCCAAAUAGUUCCAAAUCACGUACGUCCUUCUCCUUGAACUUGGAUAGUGACAUUGCGGGUCUGCGCAAAAAGCGCAAUCAAGUGAAUCCAAUGCUGAUGAAAAGUGGAAUGGGUAGUUGGGAAGUGCACACAAAGGGCAUUGGCGCUAAAUUAUUGUUGCAGAUGGGAUUUGAACCUGGAAAAGGUUUAGGUAAACAAUUGCAAGGAAUAAGCGCGCCAGUGGAGGCACAUCUCAGAAAAGGAAGAGGCGCCAUUGGCGCAUAUGGUCCGGAAAAGACACCAAAGAUUCCUGAAAAAAAGAAAGAUGACGAUGGGGAAGAAGCGAAAGAAUCCAAGUCCAAAGUAUCUCAAUGGCGAAAGAGUGACAGCAACAAGAAAAAAGUCAGAUACUGUUAUAGAAGUGUGGAUCAAGUUUUGGAAAAUGGAAAACUGAAGCCUAACAGAAAACUUCCAGUGUCUAGCGAUAUGAGCAGAGUUAAAGUUAUCGAUAUGACGGGGCCGGAACAAAGAAUUCUUAGCGGAUAUCAUGCGAUAGCUGGCGGUCAGCAGUGUCCUGACGAGACUGUAAUUACAUCGGAUAAGAAAUCGAAAAUAAACUUUGCGCUGCCUGAAUUGCAGCAUAAUUUAGAUUUACUUGUGGACAUGUGCGAGCAAGACAUUAUCCAAAAUGAUCGACGAAUGAGGCAUUUAAAUGAUAGAGUAAUUGCUCUGGAAGCAGAGAAAAAGAAUUUAUCUAAGGUACUGGAUCAGCACAGUCAACUAAUUGAUACCUUGGAGAAUGUGCACGUGAUCGUGGACAAAUUGAUGAAUGAAACGAAUGAAUUGUCAUUGCAAGAAGUUGCGGAGGCUUUUAGAAAUUUGCAAGACAAUUAUUAUGAAGAGUACAAGAUGUACGAAAUUGAUGAAUUAGCCAGUAGUUUUGUAGCGCCAAAGAUAAAAGAUUAUCUACUCAAUUGGAAUCCAUUAAUGCAACCAAAACAGCCUAUGAAAUUAUUUCAACAGUGGAAGGAUAUCUUGGAGAAUGGAACCAGUACAACUCUUCAGACACGGACUAUGCCUUCAUACGAUCAACUAGUAUGGAACGCUUGGAUGCCAUCAAUCAGAGGAGCCAUCCAGCAGUGGACGUGUAGGCAGCCUGAGCCUUUAAUUGAAUUAGUAGAACACUGGAUGCCAUUAUUACCUAAUUGGAUCUUGGAAAAUAUAUUAGAUUUAUUAGUAUUACCGAAAUUGACAUUGGAGGUGGAAGAAUGGAAUCCUCUUACCGAUACUGUACCUAUUCACACAUGGAUUCAUCCUUGGUUGCCAUUAUUACGAAAUCGCUUAGAUACUUUGAUUUAUCCAAUAAUACGUAGAAAACUUGGAUCUGCACUAGGAGGUUGGCAUCCAUCAGACAGAUCUGCUAGAUUAAUGCUGCAACCUUGGGCAGAAGUGUUCUCAAAGGGAGAUAUGGAAUCAUUUUUAGUUAAGAACAUUAUUCCAAAAUUGCAAGUAGCCUUAUCCGAAUUAGUCAUAAAUCCACACCAACAACAUUUGGAUCAAUGGAAUUGGGUAUAUGAGUGGAAGGACUUGAUCCCUGUUCAUAUCAUGGCAGGAUUACUUGAUAAAAUCUUUUUUCCAAAAUGGCUACAUAUCUUGGCGAUUUGGCUCAAUAAUUCACCUAAUUAUGAUCAAGUUACAACGUGGUACAUGGGUUGGAAAGGAAUGUUGAAUGACAAAUUACUGGCGGAACCAAUAAUAAAAGAUCACUUUAAGAGAGCACUGGACAUGAUGAACAGGGCUGUCACUGGGCCACAAAGUCAUCAACCUGGUGCACUAGAACAGGUUUCGUAUUUAACAAGCUUAGAGAGAACUCAGACAACUAUGUCUCAGAUGGCACUAAUCGCACAGCCGAGAAUGGAGAGACUCGCAGAGGUACGAAAUGUUCCACAAGUUCCGCAAGGUUUCAAAGAUUUGGUACAAAAGAAAUGCGAAGAAAGAGGUAUAUUAUUUAUGCCGAUCCCAAACAGAUAUAAGGAGGCUAAACAAGUAUACAAAGUAGGCAAUGUUCAAGCGUAUAUCGAUAGCAAUGUCUUAUUUGUAUGUCAUAAUGGUACAAAUUGGAUGCCAACGCAUUUAAAUGCCUUGUUGGAUAUGUCUGAACUUUAAUAAUAUUUGAUUUUAUAGCAUGAUUAAUAAUAUAAUAGCUGUCCAAAAUAUAACGUUACAUUUAUGUUAUAAAUAUAGCAUACUUCUCGUAAUUAUUGGAGAGUUCAUUAAUUAACUUAUCAAUUUACAUCGAUUUUUAUUCGUGAUGUGUAUUUAAAUGUAGAUAUACUGAAGCUGAAUAGUAUUAAAUUUUGUAUAAUUCAAACUAUAACAAUUAAUAUGGUAUUUGUCUCAUAUUGUAUAUUUGUGCGUAUGAGUGGAUAUGUAAAGAUAUGUAUGUAUAAUAUGGGAACAUUAAAGUAAAAAAAUUACAAGGCCAACUUGUCUUUGUGAUGUAA